UUUUGCUAAGUGUUGAGGUCCCCUCUGUACCUUAUCAGUUUGAUCUUGAGUGUCCACCUAAGCUGUUGUGUUUGUUUUUUGUUUUGUUUUGUUUUUUCUUGCAGAAAACAUGCUUUAAACUGCCACAGAAUGAAGCCAGCCUUGUUUAAUGUGUUGUGUGAAAUCAAAGAAAAAACAGUUUUGAGUAUUCGAGGAGCCCAAGAAGAGGAGCCCACAGACCCUCAGCUCAUGCGACUGGACAACAUGCUGCUAGCAGAAGGGGUGGCAGGGCCUGAGAAGGGCGGAGGUUCGGCAGCGGCAGCGGCGGCGGCGGCAGCUUCUGGGGGUGCAGGUUCAGACAACUCAGUGGAGCAUUCCGAUUACAGAGCCAAACUCUCCCAGAUCAGACAAAUCUACCACACAGAGCUGGAGAAGUAUGAGCAGGCAUGCAAUGAAUUCACCACCCACGUGAUGAACCUCCUUCGAGAACAAAGCCGGACCAGGCCCAUCUCUCCGAAGGAGAUCGAGCGGAUGGUCAGCAUCAUCCAUCGCAAGUUCAGCUCCAUCCAGAUGCAGCUGAAGCAGAGCACGUGCGAGGCGGUCAUGAUCCUGCGCUCCCGGUUUCUGGAUGCGAGGAGGAAGAGACGGAAUUUCAACAAGCAAGCCACAGAAAUUCUGAAUGAAUAUUUCUAUUCCCAUCUCAGCAACCCUUACCCCAGUGAGGAAGCCAAAGAGGAGUUAGCCAAGAAGUGUGGCAUCACAGUCUCCCAGGUAUCAAACUGGUUUGGAAAUAAGCGAAUCCGGUACAAGAAGAACAUAGGUAAAUUUCAAGAGGAAGCCAAUAUUUAUGCUGCCAAAACGGCUGUCACUGCCACCAAUGUGUCAGCCCAUGGAAGCCAAGCUAACUCGCCCUCCACUCCCAACUCUGCGGGUUCUUCCAGUUCUUUUAACAUGUCAAACUCUGGCGAUUUGUUCAUGAGCGUGCAGUCACUCAAUGGGGAUUCUUACCAAGGGGCCCAGGUUGGAGCCAACGUGCAAUCACAGGUGGAUACCCUUCGCCAUGUUAUCAGCCAGACAGGAGGAUACAGUGACGGACUCGCAGCCAGUCAGAUGUACAGUCCGCAGGGCAUCAGUGCUAAUGGAGGUUGGCAGGAUGCUACUACCCCUUCAUCAGUGACCUCCCCUACAGAAGGCCCUGGCAGUGUUCACUCUGAUACCUCCAACUGAUCUCCCAGCAAUCGCAUCCCGGCUGACCCUGUGCCGCAGUUGGGACAGGGGCAGGAGGGAGGGUUUCUCUCCCAACGCUGAAGCGGUCAGACUGGAGGUCGAAGCAAUCAGCAAACACACUAAGAGUCUCCUUCUCUUCUUUGGGAUGCUAUUUCAGCCAAUCUGGACACUUCUUUAUACUCUCUUCCCUUUUUUUCUGGGUAGAAGCCACCCUUCCCUGCCUCCAGCUGUCAGACUGGUUUCUGUCAUCUUCCCUGGCCCCUUGCUCUUUGUUAUAGACUCCCGGUUCCUGCCCUUUAUUAUUUCACUGAAGGAUUUUUUUUCCCCACAAUUAGAGGAAUUUAAAAAGGAAAAACAAAUGACAAAGAAAACAAUAAAAGCAUUUGUAUGUUUUCAUGCUGGUGGUUUGAGGAGCCAAAUUUACCUCACUAGGAGCCCUCAUCCCUAUGUUGACAGGCAAUCCUUCUGUCUCCUUUGUUACUCUCACUACCUCUUAGCAGGAAUACACCACACUGCCCUACUCAUUCCAAGCCACUCUGUCUCCAUUUCCCCCUUCUUUCUGGGAACAAUCCUGAUUUCUUCCUCUUCUUUCUGGCCCCAGGUGUUUGUUGGGGACUGACAUAACUGGGCUUCUAAAGGUGCCACAUGUCCCAAUGUAGUAACUCCAUCAAGUUGAGCCCUAGGCAAGAAGUCUGACAGGUGAGGGCACAUAGAACAGCAAAGGCAGGACUCCUAUCAGCUUUCUCAUCCUUCUAGAAACAGCUCUUGGUCUUAGAGGCACAGUCUAUGCUGAGCUUCUGACCGUCCAAUGUUCAGAACCUCAGGCAAGCCAGGUGUAAGAGAGGCAUCCUUUCUGAUGAGGGUAUCUAUAAAGAGUGAAGGAUCUCAUUCUGAAAGGCUGCACUGUCCCUUCAUAGACAUGCACACAUAUACAUAACACACAGGUGGACACAUACACAAGCUCACAGCUUUGCUUUGCAGGAUGCUACUAACUUUUCAUCAGCGACCUCCCCUGCAGAAGGCUCUGGCAGCAUUUACUCUGAAGUCUCCCAGAUAUCAAAAUAUCGUAGAUAUCCCAGCAAUCAUAUCCCAUACAAAUAUGUACAUUAGCAAUCAUAGGGCUCUAUCUGGUGAGCCUGAGAGAGAAGCAGGAUGUGGCUGGGCUCCUAGGACCCAUUAGCAUGUACUUACCACAGUAGGAUAUUCAGGACUUUAUGAACAUGGGUCAGGAUUCAAGUGUAAACCAUCUUCAUUCCUACGACCUCUGGAGCUCUCAGGGAGCCAUGCACAGGACUUCCCAUGUCUAUGAUAGAUUUGGAUGCUUUGUUUGUAUUCUUAUAAUAUUGUCUUUUCAAAAAUAUUAGAGUAAGCCAUGGUCUUCGUUCUGGAUUUUUCCUCCAGAAAGGAGAAUCAUUUAAGUAUAUGGCUAACUUUUACUAAUUAAUUUGAAGGCAUAAGAAUCAUAGAGUAAGGAUGAUGGAUUUUUUUGUUGUUGUUUUAGAGAUAAUCACAGUAAUCUAUCUAUACACCAAGGGAUUGACAAAGAAUCAUAGUUGCUAGAAAGGCAGUCUUGCUUAUGACCUGAGCUUAAAUUCUCCAGUUGGUUCUGCCAGCCAUAAAGAUGGUGGCUUUGACAGUAGAUUAAGUGGCACGUGGUCAGCAAUCUUUGGGGCCUCAUGUACUUCCUCUGUAAAAUGGGAAUGGUAUGCUUGCCUCACCAAAGGGCUUGUAAGAGGCCCAAGAAACCGGUUUUGUUUAUAUUUAAUCUCUAGGUUUGCUGGUCAGGGAAAGCAGUGUCCCUAUAAUGAACAUUUCAUGCUAGGUCAGAACAAUAUAUGAUUUUCUUGUUCUAAUUUUGUUUGUUAUCAGUACCUUGAUGCCAUCGCAUAGUGACAGAGUGUUUCAGAGGCUUCUUUAAUUUGGUUUUGGUCUGUUUGUCAUCUUAGGAUAGAGAACAGAUUCAAAACUAGAGGAGUAGAACCUGGUUUUAUUAGUUUCAACUUGAAUCCAAUUAUGAGGCCUUUGCAAGUCCUUCUCUCUAUUACAACUCUUCUGCUUCGGAGAUUCCCAGGAAGGAGGGCUGAGAGACAAGUCCACAGCACCAUACACAUCCCACAUGCAGUGAUAAAUAGGAAACAUGCUUCAUGUGUGUUUGGAGGAGUCAGCAUAUAUACCUGGAAAUCUUAGGAGACUGAGGGGUGUGUGUGUGUGUGUGUGUGUGUGUGUGUGUGUGUGUGUGUGUGUGUUAGUGAUGAGAACCGGUGAUCUUUGUCUUCGUAGCAGGAAUAUAUUGAAACCACUCACAGAAGCAUGGUUGGAUCACAUCAUUUAACAUGGGGCAAAUUAUAAGAAUUGCUGAAGGGUUCGCUUGGAAACCAGAGUGACCCCAGCUCUGGAUGAAACCCACGAAGGGACAUGAGUGGAUCAGGCCACAGUGGUGCCACCCUCACAGAAUGCUUCUCUCUAGGAAGUAGCUGCGCUGAGAGUCCCACGUCCAACCCAGCACUUCAUUAGGCCUCCUUUAGGUCCAACACUUAGCCGGUAGUCUGUCCUCCGUGCCCACUGGCAGCCUCCGGAUAGAAGUGGAAAGAGUGUGUCUCUAGAAACUCUAGGAUUUCAAGUCAGGUCAAAGCUAUAGAUGCCCAAAAAACUGUGCCCCGGGAGUUCUUCAUAGUCUUUUAGUACAAGUGGGGAUGCUCUGUUUUCCACAAUAGCAACUCUCUCCAAGAAAUGGUAGCAGACCUUGGGGUUGCCACCGUGUAACUUGUUUAUCAUCACUUCUUCCUGCUAGAGUAGAAUGGACUUCUGGGUAGCUGUUAAGCCCACAGGCACCUUCUCUCCACUUCCUUCCCCGUGGUAGUAGUACUUAUUAUUAUUAUUGUUAUUAUUAUUAUUAUUAUUUUGAUUGCUUUUGCUCACACCUAUCUUCACUUCCUUCUUCCUCCUCUUUAGUUUUUCUGCCCAGAAAAACCUGACUUCGAUACCAAAAAAAGAUAAAACUACAGAAACUCAAAUUUAAAAAAAAAAAAAGAAAAAAAAAAACUCUUAGGGGGGAAAAAAAAGCAAAAAAAAAAAAUACUCAAUAAUUCUUUCAGCUUUAUUAACAUUUUCCAUUGUUUCUUGCGAAUUGUGUCUCGUUCUUUGUAGUAUUGAUGAUGAACAUUUGAUAAUGAAUGUUCUUGUAUAUUCAGAUAAAGAAAAAAACCAAAAAAGCGGUCUGAAUUUAAUAGUGUUUAUAAUAAAAAAAAUUUUAAAAAUGACCCUCAUAGCACGCAAAACAGGAAGUGGAAGUGUCCCUUCCCUCUGUGACAAUACACAUCAUUCCUGCAUACUUUUUUUUUUUUUUUUUUUUUGGACACCAAACUACCUAUGUUCCUCAUUUCUCCCGUUUUUCCUUUUUAUUUUCUUGCAUUUGUGAAUUAGUUCAAGAAUGCUAGAAAAGUGUCAAGGUGUGUACAUCCAUUUCUUCUUUCACAAUGUUUAAAAGUGACCGUAAUUCAUUUUGUAAACUUAAAAAAAAAAAGGAAAAAAAAGAGAAAAAAGAAAAAAAAAAGGUUGGAAUAGUGAACAUAAUAGGUUCAACCUAACAUAUUAUGUUUAUUAAUUUUGAGACCCAGAAAUGAAUUCUUUUCUUUAUUCCUGCUCUUAAAAAUACAAAAAAAAAGAGAAAGUCUUGUUUUGCGUUCUUUUUUGGUUUUUGGUUUAUUUGAGGGGGGCGUGCUCCUUUUUCCGCUGUUGGGUUUGUGGGUCUUGCUGGGUUUGUUCCUUACAUAUGUACACAGGGUGAUGUGAAAACAGGUACCUGGGAGGGAAGGCUGCUUCCAUGCUCUACCUUGCUUCAGUCCAUGUCCAAACCAAUGAUAAAGCCCAUGGCCACAUGUCCCUGCGUUCUUGCAUGCCCAGGGUGUACGGCACUCCAGUAGUCCCUGAGAUAGCAAGGCAGGGACUUCCUUCCUUAAAUACUUAUGGGGUCUGUCCAGGGGAUUUCUUACAUUAAAAACAAAGGCUUUGGUUGAUUCUGAUUGUCCGAACCAAGGGCUUUCUUUCUCCCAGAUUAACACCAACAGUCCACAAGAAUGCUUCCAACAAGACAGGAUCUUUCUCCGGGCAGAACUCUUGGAACAGAACAGGUGGUACUGCCACAGAAACCACCCGUUACCCAGUAGAAUAAAUCCACGAAGCAGGCUGUGGGCCCAUCUUUUUUGGAAUCCAGAGUCCCGUAUUCUGGGUGCAGUGUGGGUGAAGUGAGGAGCCACUGUCAAGGCUAAGAAUGCUAAGAACCUAUCUUUCCAUUGGUGCAUUGGUUGCUAACCUCCUCCAGUGAGGUUUACUCUUUAAAUUGCCACAUGGGCUUCAUCAGAAAGUCCGUAUUAGUCAUAAGGGAAAAAGAAAGCCAUGCGGUUGGACAGACAGUCAGUUUCGGACACUGGUCACUCAAACACUCGGGUGUUCAGAAAGCAGACAGAAUUCCAACCAGCUACACGAAGAAGAUAAGCUUGAGUAGUGGAACUCUGCUGUAGGAAGCAGUCCACCUAGAGACAGCUUAGGUCUUGUUUCUAUGUCCUAAGGGAUGAAAGGCACCCUUUUCACGUCACCUUUGUGGUUUCCAGCCUAGCUCAAAGCUUUCUGGAAACGUUUAUUUUAUUUUUUGUAAACUACUUCUUUCCCUUUCGUCAAAAUAAAUAAAACAUUGAAUGUUUUCCCCUCUUUCUCUCUAUCUCUUCUUCCCUUUGGGGGUUUCAUUUUGAAGUGUGUUCCUUUGGUUGUUGGUUUUAUCUCCCCCCUCACUUUUUUUUCCUUAUUAUUGAGAGUAUAAACCUGCAAAGCUCGGCUCUACUUUGGUUUUUGAAAGUUUAAGCUUUCCUGCUUCUGUACGAGCACAGGCCUCUGUCCCCUUCGAUUCCAGCUGAACUUUUGUGUUCUAAUGAUACUAACACGAUGUAGGUUUUACAGUCUCCUAAUUUGUACUGGUAAUGCAGAUUCCAAAUAAAUAGUUUCUUUUGUUGCAAAAAUA